AUGGGAGCCACUGCCCCAGCGUGACCUGCCUCUAAGGUACAACAAAAUAAAGACCACCCGUCCCACUCCCUCAGACACCUCCCAGCAUGGAUGGCGUGGUUGAGCAGAACAAUGUGCUAAUGCACAAUAAGAUCGCGGAAGCUGGGAAAAGGAAUGGUUUAAUUAAUACACGGAACUUAGUGGCAGAGAGCCGAGAUGGUCUGGUCUCUGUGUACCCAACCCCCCAGUACCAGAGCCACCGAGCAGGGAGCCUUUCCUCUCCCAGCUGCCUGGAGAAUGGCAGGAAUGACCCUGUGCAGCAGCUCCUGGACCCCAACAUGCUGCAGCAGACGGUGGAGUCUCACUACCGGCCCAACAUCAUCCUCUACUCGGAGAACGUGCUGUGCUCAUGGGGUGAGAGCAUUGGCUCAGAGUGCUGUGAAACCACUUUCAUCGAGGACCGCUCCCCCACCAAAGACAGCCUGGAGUACCCGGACAGCAAGUUCAUCGAUCUCUCGGCAGAUGACAUCAAGAUUCACACCCUCUCCUAUGAUGUGGAGGAAGAGGAGGAUUUCCAAGAGCUAGAG